UCAUUUUCUUGUGGUAGCGCGGUCGCGCGCUGGUGUUUGCAGCUGUUGCGAAUGGGGUCUUCUUAAAAUCUAAUGGAUGUGGACAUCCGAACUGCGACGCCGGACGAUUUAGCUUGGACGGCAGCUAUCGGAGUAUCUGGCUUGAUACUCCUCCUGUUUGUCAUUUUUAGAUUCGGAAGAGAUUCAAUGCUCACCGGGUCAUCAGUGACCUACGUAGCGCAAACCAAAGACCAACAGCACAUGGUCAAGGUGGAAAAUCCAUUCAGCAUCACGGUGGAAAAUCGCGGCAAUGCCAGUUUAUCGGAUGGCAUCGAUCUGGUAGUCUCGUCCACAUGUCAAUUCAAGAUGAGAUGCUACUGGGGCUUGAAUUGCUCCGCUUAUCACCGGUGCAACGAGCUGCGAUGGAUCGACCUAUUCGAGGGUGGCGUGGACGGAACACUCUGGUCGCAGCACACCUUGGAACAAGGCGAACUUUUUCAAUCGGAUUCCUGUGAAGGCCUGCGUUUCAGAGCCGUCCCGUGUGCUCCGAUAGAGUCUUCGAAGUUGGGAAACUCUCCGAGGCAAAGGCUUCCGCUCGUUGUCGUAAUGAUGCGGGAUGGUGUGUCCUCAAACUGUGAAGACACCCAAGUGGUUGCUCUAUUGAGUGCCGUGCACAUAGCAGACGACGUAUGUAAAAUGGACACUGGCAUCGUUACGCAGUACAUGAAGCAGGCCAGUGGCCGAACCUGUGCCUUACAGCCACUCUACGUUCCCAUGGAAGAAGCAGUUGGCAACCAGGACGCAAGGUCGUCAAACGAGCCCAGCAACCCGGAGCCUCUGUGCGUCGUCUGCCAGGCAUCGUCUGCUACGCACGCACUGCUACCCUGCCGUCACACUUGCGUGUGCGGCGCCUGUUUCUCCAAACUGGACGCCUGUCCCAUGUGCCGUCGCCGCAUAAUUUCUUUCUUCAUGGUGGGGGAGGAGUCUCGGACGGAGCCGGACAGUUCCGCGGAUGCCGUGGACGAAGCGCCCAGACCGUGGCGCGACAUGGGUUGGGGCCAGCGACUGUGGAGACUGAACGAUCGCCUGAACGCUUGGGUGGGGAUGUACUGAAACUCGGGGCAUUGGUUUCGCAGCAAUGGCCCGAGGUACCGAACCCACUCUAAGUAAAUAUCGAAAGUUAUUUGACGUGCUUCGGGACCCUAAAUCACUACCAAUGUGUGGCAAGGUGGUGCAUAUCAAUAUCAAAGAUCAAGGGCCUACUAGGCCUAUUGGUACGGGUCUUUGACCUUCCUAGUGCACUUCCACCGUGCGGGGAGAAAUAAAGAUUAUUAUUAUUAUUAUU